AUGCCGCUUCAGACUCCAGCUCCUGACAGUCUGGACCGACACAUUUGGACCGACACGUUUGGACCGACACGUUUGGACCGACACGUUUGGACCGACACGUUUGGACCGACUCGUUUGGACCGACUCGUUUGGACCGACACUAACGGUGAGGACGAGCCCCAGUGCAGUAUCUCCCCCACAGACGUGCAGCUGGAGGAGGGCUCUGAGGCUGAGUUCGUCUGCAGCAGCGCCUGUGUCACUGGAGCUGUGUUCUGGACCCUCAACGGCCGCCGUGUGAACGAGACCCUCUCCCAUCGGCUCAAUGCCACUCACACGGGGGUCCGGCUGUCCCACACAGACCUCCAGGACCCCUCCCACCCCACAUCCACAGUGCAGUGCUACAGCCAGGAGAGCCACAUGGUCCUGGGGGGAACCACGGUCAGAGUGUACACUAAACUUCGAGGCUUGUCGUGUGUUUUUCAUUCCGAUCCAAAUGCAUGGGAUGGUGUCCUGCCGCAGCUGCUCACCUGCAGCUGGGAGCAUCAUGUGCACUCUCACAUCAAAGUCACCUACUCUCUCACAUGUGGUCAGUGUGGGGCUGGCUCCAGGGUCAUCUGUGCCUCAGACGUCUCCCACUGCACCAGGCGGACUCUGGACCUGCCUCAGAUCUCGUUCCUCGAUAAAAAUACAGUUUAUGUGGAGGCCAAAACUGAGCGAUGGGAAACGCGCUCUGCUGAUUACACCUUUACAGCUUUGCAAAUCUUCAAAGUUCCUCCUCCAAAAGUCACCGUCACUGCACUUUCAGACCAUUUGCUGGUGCAGUGGAGCAGUCUCCCCAAAUUCAGAGUCGACGGCAGAUGCCAAGUCAGAUACAAGCACACAGAGAAUAAAGAAAUCGUUGAGGACCAGUUGAAUGUGACUCUGACUGCGGAUGAAAGAGGAAAGCUGAGGAUAGAUGCCGCUGGUUCUUGUCGCACAUAUGGUGUUAGCGUUCGCUGUGCGUUAGCCGAGGCACCGUGGAGCGACUGGAGCCCAGAGACCAGCACUCACACGCUCCUCAAACGGAGCGACGUGAAGCUGGACGUGUGGAGAAAAGUAUUGACGCUGCACGAAGAAUCUCUGGUUCACGUCAUGUGGAAGGGGUUGCCUUCACAUUGCCCGGGUGUAUUGACUUUCGCUGUGAGAGAACAAGACCAAAACCAGCUCCUGUCGACCAAUCAGAGCUGGGUUCCGUGUGCAAAAAGCCCGUGUGACAUCAUUACCAAAGAAGACGUCCUGAAUCUCGCCGUUUUCUACGACGGACACUUACUGGUGGAGGCCUCGCUGCUUCUCUCACCCUUCUCUGGAAACGACUCAGACCGGCGCUUCUGGGUGAGCCAUGUCCAGACCACACGGGACCACGAGGGCCUGGGGGUCAGAUGGAAAGCUCCGAUUGACCCGGUCAGUGCUUACGUUGUUGACUGGACUCUUGAUGGGAACAACUUUGAGUGGAAGAGGACCAAAGCCACUGCUGUGAGAAUACACGGCCUCAUGGAUAAGACGGUCUACAACAUCACAGUCACUCCGCUCUUUGACCAAAAAACAGGGCCCUCCUCUCAGAUCGCAGACGUUUGUUCCAGUUUCACAGAUCCUGGAAAUGUGACUAUUGUGAAUCUAGAGGCCUAUGACAGAAGUGCACACAUCAUUUGGAGACUUUCCCCAGAGAAAUGCAGCGAUUCUGUCCAGAAUUACACUGUGUUUUAUGGGACACAGAACGGACCACAAUUCAAUGUAACUGUAAAAAACACAGAGUUGUAUUUGAAGAACCUGAAUCCAAACACACAGUACCGGAUCCAUGUCCAGGUCUCGGCUCUGAGUGGGAGUUCCAGAAGCAGCGAGAGACUUUUUAAGACUAAAAUAUUUGACCCUCAGCUCAUCACCGUCUACAGCAGCAUCGGCAGCAUCACCGUCGUCAUGGUGAUCGCUCUAGUCCUGGCUGUUCAGAAGUUCAACAAGAGGCCUGUUCCAAACCCUGCUCUCAGCUCGGUGGCUCUGUGGUCCCAAAACAGACUUGAGAAGAGAAUCUUCCCAGUUGAGCCUUUCUCCAUCCCGUCGGAAAGCCUCUGUGAGCUCGUGUAUCCAGAAGAAAUCCAAGACCCAACUCCCCUUAACUCUCCAGCUGCCAGAGACCACAAAGACCCAACCACAGCCCCUCCCCAGAGCAGAGAGAGUCCAAGUCUGGGUCCUGCAGCACCAGCAGAGAACUGUCUGUUAAACCCAUACAGGAGUCAGACUGUAGAACGAAGCCCUCGCCCCAGUAAGAAGACCAGACUUGUGGCGAUAAGACAGCUCCAGAAGACUCCAUCCUUCAGUUCUGACUGGAAACAUGAGUCACCUUCAGAUGGAACACACACCAGUGACAUCACCCACCUGCUGCAAGGCCUGAUGGGAGAGAAGCUCACCGCCCUGGAUAAGCACUAA